UGUUGCUUGGUUCGACAACACUGCUGAUAUAUAUGUCAAUAAAUUUGUAAAGACAGUGCGGUAUUUGUUUGUUUAUUUCAGUGCAAAUUUAUUAAUAAAAUAAUUUAAAAAAAAUUCAUAAUGUACAAUGGUGAAUGUAGCAUACUCAUAAAAGAUAUUAAACCUGGCCUAAAAAACAUCAACGUAAUAUUUAUUGUAUUGGAAAUUGGAACCGCCACUGUAACUAAAGAAAAUAGAGAGGUGCGGAAUUUUAAAGUUGGCGACCAUUCUGCUUGUAUAAAUGUUUCUAUUUGGGAUGAGCCUGGUAAACUUAUAGCACCAGGUGAUAUCAUUAAAUUAACGAAGGGAUAUGCAUCAAUUUGGCGUCACUGUUUAACACUGUAUUCGGGAAAGAAUGGAGAAGUUUACAAAAUUGGAGAAUUCUGUAUGACUUUCAACGAGCAGAUAAAUAUGAGUGAACCCAAACGACCUGAACAACAGCAACAACAAUCACAAGGUCUAGGCGGUAUUGUUGGUAAUCCUCAAUUAAUGCCAAAUACAGGUGUAUCUACAGGUCCAACAGUUGGUCCAAAUACGACUAGUGUCGUGACAACCGCGCAACAAGUGUCACAAACUGGCAGUAAUGGAAAUAUUGUCACAUCGAGUCAAGUAGGACAAAGAUUAAUUGGAACAUCUUUGGGAGGAGGUCUGCAACAAGCGGGUGGUGCAUCCACUGCAAAAGUAGGAAACAUUCAACAAAUAGGACAAACACCUCAAAAACAACAGCUUAACAGUGGACCAGUGCCUGGUAAUACAAACGUUAGCACCCCAGUGCAACAAACAACACAAGUAGUGACUGCUGCUGGUACUGGGACGCAGUCUCAAGGCAGUAAGCCAAACCGAGGCGGACGCACUGGAGGAACACGUUCUAGCAAUCUGAAGAAUGACCGAAGAUGAAAAAUAUUAGUUUAUUUAUAUACGUAUUUUUUAAUUCUAAGCUUGCAUGCAUUUUCAUAAUGAGGAACAAAGUAAAUACUUAUUUAACCAAAUAAAAUCCAGCUGGAUUCUUAAGUCUA